UUGACGCCGCUCUGCUGUAAUUGAUCGCUGGUGGAGUGAGAGCACGAAAGGGAGUACUCUGCUCUCCCUCGCUGUUCCGCUUUCUCGAUAGAGAAGAGGAUACCUAAUCCAAACGCGAAUCCGAGUCCAGAAGGAUUGGCAAAGAGAAGGAGGAGGAGGAGGCUGGAGAUGGGGAAGUCCUCGAGCUCAUGCUUCAAGAUCAUGGGCUGCGGUGGGAGGGAUGCCGUUGACGACGACGAUCUCGAGCCGGAAGAGGCCAAAACUUCAUCAGAUACACACAGGUGGAGUUUCCGUAAAAAAUCAUCCAGGCAAAGAGUGCUAAGCAACACUGUGAUCUCCGAACCCAUAUCAGUUUGCUCUAGCAAGCAAGGCCAAGAGGUCUCAAAUACUAAUUACCACUCACUGAAGUAUUCAUCCCCAGUAAAAGCCCAAGUGCAAGAAAGACCAAUUGAAACCUCUUCAUCACCAUCAGACAUAGUAAAUACAGAAGAUCGUUCAUCUUCUGACAAAAACACAGAUCCAGUUGCUCCAGCCUUCAAUGACACUGAUGCUAUUGAAGUUCAAUCUGUUAUAAGGGGAUAUUUGGCCAGGAAAAAGUUCCACAAACUUAGGAGCAUUGUCAAGUUGCAAGCUGCUGUACGUGGACAUCUGGUAAGAAAACAGGCUAUUGGAACUUUGCGGUGUAUUCAAGCUAUCAUUAGAAUGCAAGCGCUUGUAAGGGCUCGUCAUGCUUGUCAAUUAGUUGAAAAGUUUUCUCCAGAGAAUACGAAGUUCCAGGGCAAGGGAGAUUCUUUUGAGAAAUCAUACAAAACAUCAAUCAAGAAUUUGCUUUCAAAUGGGCUUGCUCGGCAGCUUUUGGAGACUACACCAAAGACAAAAGCCAUCUACAUAAAAUGCGAUCUAUCAAAGUCUGAUUCAGCAUGGAAGUGGUUGGAGAGAUGGAUGGCUGUAACUUCAUCUGGAGUAGGCCAGCAACAGGAGCAAAAUCUCAACCAUAUUAGUCGGCCAUUAGAAGAGAAUGCUAAAAUGGCAGAUAGUGAACCAGCUAAAGAGAUCCCACUUGCAGAUUCAUCAGUAUUAUCUGAUUCAAAGUUUGCUCCAACAGAAUUAGUCAUGGUGAGUAACGGUAAAAGUAGUUCAAUGACAGAAAACACUGAAAACUUUGAGUUUCAAACUUUGGAAAUUGCCCCAGAGAAUUCCUCCAAAUCUUUACUUAAGGAUGAUGUAGAACAUUUAGAGCUCAAAGUUGAGCUUUUGAACACCACUGUUGAAGAUUAUACAGAAACUUGGAUGGUCAAUGAGGAAAGUUUGAAUUCUAUAACAGAUAAUAAACAAUUGCAACCAAAUCCAACUUCAGAAAUAUUAGUUGAGACUAUACCUAAUAAGCUUGAAUGUGCAAAAGACAGCUCGAGUCCUAGUCCCGAAAGUACAUCCUAUGAAGCACUGGAGAACGAAGGAAAGAAAUCUGUUAUUGGAUCGAGGAAACCAUGCAAUUCAGCAUUUGUUGUAGCUCAGUCGAAGUUUGAAGAGCUGAGUUCAAGAUCAAUUGUCGAUCAGUCUGUUACUCCUGUUUCUCAAAUUGUUGCAUCAAAAUCAAAAACAGAGAGCCAAAAUAUUCAAGUGGAUUCGUUUUCAAACAGCAAAGAAGAAAUUUCGGCAGAGAGCUCAAUGUUGCAUGAAUCAAUUGUUCAAGCUGCAGUUUCAGAAUGUGGCACUGAAAUAUCUCUCUCCUCCACUCUUGACUCACUGGACAGAUCUGAAAUGGAAGGUGGGGAAAUUGUUCUUGAAAUUGGGGCCUUGGAGAAACAGAUUCAUUCCACCAAUGCUGAUGCUGAGAAUGCUUUUAGUAUUUCCCAUUUGGGUGGUGAUGAGGAUGGCUCGAGGUUCAGUUCUGAUUUAACCAUGCCACAAAGACCUGAUGGACGUGACCAGACUGUGGCCGACUUGAAUGCUUCUGUCGACUCGGUGCAGGUCGAUCAACAGCCAGCUGAGCCAACUAUUUCAGAUGGGCAGACUUAUCUGGAAGGUAUGAUAGGGCAAGCUAGUUCGCCUCAAGGAACUCCAAGAAGUCAUGCAACAGCUACUGAUCUUCAUGGAACCCCAUCUAGCGAUGUAUCUGUAAAUGCCAAAAAGAGUAAGAAGGAUAAUAGCAGGCAUACCCAUAGGCAAAGGUCUCAUUUGGUAGGUAAAAGAUCACCAUCUAAUCCAAAUAUUGAUUCGGAUGGAAAAAGUAGCACAGAAAAUUUAACCAAGGGUUUGAGGAUUUCAAUGAGGCAUAACUCAUUUGGGAUGGCUAAAACCGAUCAUGUUGAUCAGGAACCCAGGCUCAGUAGCAGUAGUUCUCUUCCAGGUUAUAUGCAAGCCACUGCAUCUGCAAAAGCAAAAGCCCAUGUUAUUACAUCUCAGAAGUCCAGCCCUGAUUUGAAUGAUAUCCAACCUAAGAAAAGGCAUUCCUUACCUAUUGAAAACGGAAAGCAGAGCUCAACCCCACGCAUCCAAAGAUCAGCAUCCCAAGCCCCGCAGAGCACGAAAGGCAAUGGAGCUCAUUCUCCUCAUAAUUCUACUGGUGUUCAGUAAGUGAACCUCAGUAGAAAUGCUUAUUCUCCAGUUAUAAGAAAAGAAAGUGAUGUCUCUCUCUAGGUAGAGAAGAUGGCAAAGAUGAUCAAGCUUCAAGACCAACACAUGAUCUGAACCCGCACUUGAAGGAUGCCAAUGUCAUGUUUAUGCGAGGGUUCCUUUAUUCAGCCAGUUGUGGAGUUGGCAUAUUCUAGGGUAUUGGGCUGAAAUGUACAUUAUUAACUGCUGGUCAGGUUAUUAGUGUUCUUAAGGUUUCCGUGUGCGAUUUCUGGACGUCUCCAACCAGGUUAGAUGCUGGUGAGCGUUUCUUUUCUUUCUCUUCUUCUGUUUGCACAUGCGAUGCUUUGUGUAUUUAUUUGUAUGUGAUUUGCUGGUUUCAGAAUUUCUGUUAACAAGACUGGCUAUCUCUCAUCUCUUACUUGGAAUGCCAUAAACAUAGGUUUGGAUUACCACGUCUUUCAUUUUCAA